UGCGGAUAUUCCACCAUUUUUAUAAGUUUCGCGUUUUCUGAUUGACGUACCGUUUGGUUCUUCUCAGUCUUUCAGUCAUAUCUCUAGUUAAUCAUAUCAUAUAUUUUUGCCGAUUUACAAGAAAACGUUGCUAAGAAAUGCCAGUAGCAUCUGACAUAAAGUCCAGUUGGGCGGAUGAAGUCGAAGAAGAAGGAGGAGUAUUGCCCCCACCUUCUGAGGUUUAUGAGAAUGGAUUUAAGAUACUUACAGAAUACAAGUUUAAUCAAGAUAAUAAGAAAGUAAAAGUUGUACGCACGUAUAAAAUAGAACGUCGUAUAGUAUCAAAAACUAUAGCUGCCAGAAAGAAUUGGGCCAAGUUUGGAGAUUCCGUGGACGACAGGCCUGGUCCAAAUCCUGCUACUACGGUUGGUGCCGAAGAUGUGUUUAUGCAAUUUAUAUCUAGUAAAGAGGAAGAAAAUAAAGUGGAAGAAGAUACCCUUGAUAAAUUGAAAAAUAUGGGCGACAAAGGUGUUGUUAAAUGUCGUAACUGUAACGGAGAUCAUUGGACCUCAAAGUGUCCAUAUAAAGAUACUGUACUUGCCGGUGGAAAAGUUCCGGAUGAUAAGAAACCCCUUGUCAACCCUGCUGUUCCUGGCGCAAUAGCUGAAUUGAAACCGCAAGGAAGUAAAUAUGUACCGCCGAGUAUGCGAGAUGGUGGCAAUAAGCGCGGCGAUGCGAUGCAGAUGCAGCGCAGGGACGACACCACAGCCAUUCGUAUUUCUAAUUUGUCUCAAAGUACUACGGAUGCAGAUUUAGAUGAACUUGUCAAACCUUUUGGAACAGUUGUAAAACAGUAUUUAGCAAAGGAGAAACAAACUACUCUUUGCAAAGGAUUCGCAUACGUGCAUUUCAAAUAUAGAGCAGAGGCUGCGAAAGCAAUUGCUACUCUUGAUGGUUAUGGAUAUGAUCAUCUUAUUCUAAGCGUAGAAUGGUCCAAACCGCAGCAACAAAAUAAUUAAUUCAAUUUGAUAUGUAAUAAUAAGAGAAACACGAGUUGUAUUUACAGCAAAAUGCUGGAUUUAAUGAGUGCAUGGCUGUGCCAAGUUGCGGGGUCCCAGAACAAGUAGCGAAUAUUUUUAUGGUAUUCAAUAUUUUCCACUUUUACAUUCGAUAUCUCAAAAUGAUAUAACAUAUAGCGAAAUUAAUCUGUAAUCUUACAAAUUGGACUUUAAUAAGCUAAAAACUAUGUUAUUCCUGAUAUUACGACUUGUCACAGAUUUUCAAUUUUCAAGACUCGGGUCAGUCAUUUUUCUGUAAGAAUCAUGUUUCUUUUUUUUUUCUCUAAAUUGUUUUAUAUUUAAAAUUGAUUUUAAUAGAGAAUAUAUAUAAACGAGUCUUGAUUAUUACUAUGCGUAAAAUUAAAGAUCGUUUAACAGCCGAAUUAUAUCGACACUUUGUAAUGUAGCAAGAUGCAUCUAAGAUACCUACCCUUUCGUUCCAAUAUUGUCAUCAGCGUUCAAUCAAGUUCCAGUUAGAAUGUACAUUUAACUUUGUUUUACCGCACAUUGAUUAUUAAAUAAUUAGGUACUUUACGAA